UAUGUUUCUUUUCAUUUUUAGUGCCAUAUUAAAAGUAUAAUUCCAAUCCUGGACCCUUGAAGAUCUUGACCAAAUUUCUGGGGGUCGUUCCCCCCCAAACUAGGGAAGAUGGAGCUGGAGGAAGGCUACAAUGGGAACCCGGCACUAGGAGCCCGAAGCGGGUCCGCCAUGGCGAUCAUUGGCGCAGAAGACGAGGAUUUCGAGAACGACAUUGAGCCCUUCCAGAACCCAGACGCUCAGAGCACUUUGUUUCAGAACCUGAAGUCCCUGAAGUCUCACCCGGCCUAUUUGAUGGUUUUUGUCCAGCAUGUGGUCCUGCAGUUUGACUCCAGCCCAGUGCUCUGCUACCUUCAUGCAGACCUGAUAUUGAACCGCUUGGGACCAAAGGAAGUGAAGAAGCAGUUUGUGGAGUUCUGCCACACUUUCCUGGACAAAGCUGGGCUGCUGCGGGUUCCAGUUCCGACCAGUGUGCAGUUUGAGCUGGACCGAAACCGGCCUGAGCUGAUUCCAGAUGACCAGCAGCGGAAAUACUUGCAGGAGAUCCAGAACUUCCAAGAGCCAGAAAUCGCUCGGCAGCUGGAAGACUUCAGGGAGAAAAGGAAAAUGGGCAUGACCCCAGGAGAGUCGGAGCUCUUUGAGCUGGAAGGCUAUCGGACCAAAGACCGGGGCAUCCGGGAGGCCAAAGAGAAGCAGCUGGCUGAACUCCUGCUGGUCAAGCUGGAGGAGAUGCACCUCACCAUUUCUGCAGACGAGGAGAAAAGCUCCGCCAUUUUCACGGCUAUCGUGACGUACAUGAAGCACCUGGGGGUUAAGACCAAAACUGCAGAUAACAAGAAAUCCAAAGCCAACUUCUUCCGGAAGAAGAUUUCAGGGGCCAAGAAGCCAGAAGAGGCUGCCAAAUCAAAAAAGGGCUUCAGCAUUUUGGAUCCGACUCGCUGGAACCGGGGCGAUUCUCACUAUUCUGAUUACAGACAGCCCAAACCCGAGGGUGAAGCUGGCGACAAGGCUCCAGGCGUGGACAGGAAGGGGGCAAAGGCGGUCGAGGGGGUCCCAGGCCGGGCGAAGGGGGCAGCUGCGGGUUCGGAUCCCUCCGGGGUUUCCGUCAGCGUUCACCCCCCGCCUGUGGAGGCCAACGAUGGAGAGACCGGUCCGGACAGUCAGACCGGAGUGGAUGCUGGAGACUCUGCCGUGGCUGAGCAGCUUUUGGCUGGGGACCAGCCCCCGGCGGACGAUGGGGCCGAAAAUGAAAGAAGGCGGAAAAGGCUGACGGGAAAACUGGGGCGCUCGGAGAGCCUGCGUGUUUACGAACGGAAACGGUCCCAGCGUGGCUCGGCCAAGGGCAAGCAGCCACGGUCACGGAGCGACGUGGACAUUGAGGCCGCUGCCCGGGCCAGUGAGCUGGAGCAGAAGCCGGCCCUGGAUCAGGCCCGGCAGAAGCAGGGGAGCCACAACUUGGAGCCUGGAGGGGCAGGGGGAGGCGAGCCCCCGCCGUCCUUUCUGCAUCCCCAGUCUGAGGAGACUGAGCCGCGCGUUUCGGAACUGGAGCUUGAGCCGCCAAACUGGCGCGAGCUCGUCCCCCCCGACACCCUCCUCAGGCUGAAGAAAAGCGAAGUGAAGCGGCAAGAAGUGAUCAACGAGCUGUUCAUCACUGAACAUGCCCACCUGCGCAUGCUCCGGGUGCUUCUGGAAGUCUUCUACCAGCCCUUGUUGACGGAGGGGUUCUUCAUAGAGAGGGAGCUGGCAAACAUCUUCCCCAGUUUGGAGGAUCUGGUUGAUGAACACAAAGUGUUUCUGGAGAGCUUGAAGAAGCUGAGAGAAGAAAACAAUUCUGUCGUUUCCGAAAUUGGAAGCGCUCUGCUGGCGCGGUUUGAUGGAUCUGAAGGAAGGUGGUUCCAGAAGAUUUCGGCCCGUUUUUGCAGCCGUCAGUCCUUUGCCUUGGAACAGCUAAAGGCCAAGCAGAAGAAAGAGCCCCGUUUCAACCAGUUCAUCCAGGAAGCCGAAAGUCAGCCUCGGUGCCGGAGGCUGCAACUGAAGGACAUCAUCCCCACCGAGAUGCAAAGGCUGACCAAGUAUCCACUCCUUCUUCACAACAUUGCCAAAUGCACUGAGGAAGAUGAAGAGCGCCAGAAGGUUGAGAGGGCGGCCGAAUGCUGCCGGCAGAUCCUGAACCACGUCAACCAGGAGGUCCGCAACAUGGAGAACUUUUUGAAACUCAAAGACUACCAGCGUCGCCUGGACCUUUCCAACCUCAAGCAAAGUACGGAUCCGCUGCUGAGCGAGUUUAGGAACACGGACAUCACCAAGAAGAACCUGGUGUGUGAAGGACCCUUGACCUGGCGUCUCACCAAGGACAAAUCCAUAGAUGUUCAUGUCCUGCUGCUGGGUGACAUCUUGGUCCUUCUCCAGAAGCAGGAGGACCGCCUGGUGCUCAAAUGCCACAGUCGCACCAUCACCCCAACCCCCGACGGGAAGCAGAUGCUCAGCCCCAUCAUCAAGCUCAAUUCGGCCAUGAUCCGAGAGGUGGCCACAGAUAUCAAGGCCUUCUAUGUGAUCUUCAGCUGGGAAAACGGGGCCCAGAUCUACGAAUUGGUGGCCCAGACCGUUUCGGAGAGGAAGAACUGGUGCAGCAUGAUCAGCGAGACGGCCGGCUCUUUGAAACUGCCUCGGUCCAGCCACCCGAAACCGCGGCUGUCGGUCCCAAACCGGACUUCACCCCCCAGCCCCAGCUACAGCUACUCUGAGGGGCUUCUCGGCGGGACGGAGAAUGGUAGCUCCCUGAAGGAGGCGCUGCAGUCGGAAGAACGAGAAAAAGACUCCUUGGAAGGAGCCGAGUUCGAGGAACGCAGCCCUGUCAGCGAACCCAAGCUGGGCAAGGCGAUGGAGGAGUUCCUGGCUGACAUCCUGACCCUCUACAAGCCCCGGCCUGGAGGUCAAGGGGUGCUGGCCGCAGCUGCUCAGGACAGAGUCUUGGCAUUGAAGAGGCUGCUGCAGAUAUCAUCGGUGGAAGGGGAUGGGGCCUUUCUGGUGGAGCAGACGGAGGGACUCCCGGAGAACGGGACCCCGCAACUGGGGCAGGAGGAGGAGGAGGAGGAGGAAGGGGAGUGGGACGGAGGACGCGCCGCCGAGACGGAGGACGGAAGCAGUGAGAGGAGAAAUAAAGGAGGGACCCCCAAUGGCCCGCAAGAGCCCCCUUGGGCUUCGGAGCACCCCGAUAAAGACGGCCACCUCGCCCCGCUUAUUCUGUCCCACCAACAGACCGAUGGGCUGAAGCAUCACUUGCGGCUCCUGGAAGACGCCAUUCUGGGCCUGAAGGACAUUGAAGCAGACUAUUGGCGCCUGCAGCAGCUGAUGGGGAAACUGACCUCUUCCCAGCAGUCCAGUUUCACAUGAGGCCGGCCAAGCAGGCAAGGCCUGUCCUGAACGUGGAGGAAUUGGUCUCACUCUUCCCAGAGGUUUCUUUCCCGGCCUCACCAACCAAAUGGGACCCGGGUUGCUUUCUUCAUUUUGUAUUGUAUAGGAGACUUGCAAUGGAGGGAAAGAUUUGGGGGUUAUAGAUGAUGUAUUUAUAUAUACUGCCUGAACCACACUGUAGUGGGAAUAUAUUUAAAAGUCGAGGAGCUGCUUUUUGUUUCUUAGGUCAAGUGUUACAGGGCGCAUCUACACUGUAGGAACAACGCCGUUCGGCACCACUUUUAAUGGCCGCGGCUCCAUCCGUUGUACAGAAUCCUUGGAUUUGGAGUUUGAUGAGGCACCAGCCCUCUUUGGCAGAGAAGCCUUGCAGAACUACAGAUCCCAGGAUUCCACUGGAUGGAGCUACAGCACUUGAAAGUGGUGUCAAAGUGUGUUAUUUCUUCUAUGUAGAUGUACCCAUAGCCUUCCCAAGAGGCCAGGGAGGGCUGUUUCAUCAGGGCAAAGAGAUGCGAGCUUUUUCUGUAGCUGUGAGAUUAGUUGGCAAGGUUUGGUCCCAAAGAGAGACAGAUUCCCCCCUUCUCCCCCCAAAAGGAUCACUUCUGGUGAUGGUUCUUUGGUGGCUGAAGAUGCAAACCUGGGUAGUAGGCGUCCGAACGUCCAGGCCAGACUGAGGUCCAAGUGAAGGCCGCAGAAUGAGGACCCCAGCCCAUGUCCGCAGGGAGGGUGGCAAGGGGGCAGGAGACCCACAUCUCCCCCAACCCAUUUCAUUCAGUCUCAGGUCUGGGGCAUGCCUUGCCCAGAGGGAUUCCUUGCUCUUGGUCUUCUUCUGUUGCUCUUCCCGAGAAGCAGAGAAGCCCCAAUUGCCAUUGCAGCCGAGGAAGAAGAACCCAACUCUGACCCAAACUGCUCUUGCAUUUCCAUCUCUAAGACUCCGGUUUCCUUCUUCUGGCCUUUUCCGUUCUCCUUCCCUUCUCCAGAUGCCUCUCCCAAGAAACUCUCCACCUAUUUUGGUUUCUGCUCAUAACACAACACUGUCGGUCUUCUGGUUGCGACUUUUGUGGUGCGGCAUUUUCUCUUACAUUCGCUCCCCCAGCACCAAUCCAGCUCACACCCGCAUUUGCACUUGCGCACUUGAGUGGGAUCCUUAGAAGGUGGGUUCCUUGUGCAAACUGAAUCCGCCAUCUUUUACUGGGGUGGGUCUUUCCCUCUUUCCUUCCUUUUUCUUUUAGUUCUUUAUUCAUUCCUCACUUCCUUUUGUUUUGUAUUUUCCUUCCUUCCUUCUUUUCUCUUUUCCUUUUGUGUUCUUCCCUUCCAUUUGUUCUCUCUCUCUCUUCCCUUUUCUUUCCUAACUUUUCCCCCUCCCUCCCUUCCUUCUCCUGUUGGCAAACUGCAGCCGUUGAAGGGCCCUUCCAACCCACCUUUCCCCUCUCCUCCAUUCUUCCUUCUCUCUUUCCCUCUGCUUUGCUUAUCAAGUACUGAGCAAUCCAGGGCUUCUUGGGGUGAGACCACCCAUCUUUGCGCAUCACCCCACAGCUCCCCUUUGACUUAUUUCUAACCAAGGCACUUCUUCCCAGUUCAAGCCAUGACCUGCCACAGGUGUUGCACAUAGAAGCCCAUAAAGGGAAGUGCCCAGGAGGUGUCCCUCUCACAGCCAUCUUGCUUGUCUCCCUUUGAGAUGCUGUUGUAUAAAAUGGACAGCAGAUGGAGCCCCUUCCUCUCUUGAUGCAGGUAGGGAAAGGAUGAUGGGCUUUGCAGUAUAUUUUCUUCCUCCUCUUCCCUCUGGCAGAGAGAUGUCACCAGACCUGGACUUUUCCUACAGCAGACAUAGGAAUGGUUUAGUCCUUUAAUGCCGUUGGAUUGCAGCUCCCAUCAUUCCUUGUCAUUGGUUGUGCUAGCUGGGGAUGCUGGAGGCUGCAGUGUGGCAACAUCUUAGUGGACCACAGUGCUCCCACUCCUGGUCUAGAAGAUGUUGCACUGCAACUCCCAUAUGCCCUUGCAGCUAGGACUUCUGGGAAUUGUAGUCCAGCAUCACUUGGACUCAGCCUUGGCCUGUGCCUGGGGCACCAGACUGCUUGGUUCUGCAGUCUGUUUGUUUUGGUUUCUGCUGCUUGGAGCAGCUCCAUCCUGGAGGAAGUUGCGUUCAGCGUGCGUUUCCCCCUCCCAAGUCCAGUUACAGAGGGACCAGACCAAGUGGACCAUACUGGAAAUGUAGCAGUUGUGGAGCCUGUGGCCCUCCAGGUGUCCUUGGACUACAACUCCCACCAUCCCUGACCAUUACCCCCUGCUUGAUGGGGAUGAUGGGAGGUGGAGUCCAGUAGCAUCCCUGGCCUUGUCUGUAGUUAGAUUGGGGCAGAGAGAGAGGAAAAAUUUGAGGUCAGGGCAGUAUAUAAUUCAAAAGAGUUAAGAGAGGCCAGUUUGACCCAAAGAGUUUGGUAGGGAAAGUGGGCAGGUCUGGAUUCGCACCAGCGUCCUCAGAGACUACCAGAAACUCUGAUAGUUGCGCACGUUCUACUUCUUCCCAAGUGCCUUUCUGUUUUGUUGGCAACGUGCUUGUAUUUGUAUUUGUAAGGAAACUCAUAUUUUGCUGGGAUAUUUUAUAUGCAUAUACUUAUAAAUAUUAUAUAUAUAUAUAUAUAUACACACACACACAGAGACACACAGAUAUAAGGGAUUGGUCUUGAUGCCAAUUUGUUUUCCUACUUGUUUCGUCUGUUGCUGUACAAAGAACAUAAACUGUAUAUUCAGAGGUGAAAGAGUGAGACUUUACCCAGCCCUUUCCUUGCCUUUGCCAGUAUUAUGGAGAUAGAUAGAUAGAUAUACAAUAAUACUCUCCCAAAUGCAGCCACAGACGGGGGGGGGGGGGGGGGCUGUUGUUGUUUUUUAAAGCCACGGUUGACAUUAAAUAAUAAUAAUUCCAAAUUAAGCAAUAUUGAACCUAAAAGGGAAGAGGAGGAGAAGAAAACCAAUGUCGUUCCUGUUUAUCCUUCCAUUUUUGGGUGUCUUUUAUGGUCGCUCCUUUGUGUUGCAAGACUUGUUCUCAGACUCUCCAGAUGUUUUGGACUACAGCUCCCAGACGUCUCUGUCAGCAUGGCCAGCACUCGGGGAUUCUGGGAGUUGCAGUCCUCCGUGUUUGAGGACCACUGUUAGGAGAGGACUUUCUCAAGAUAAUUGCUUCUUGCGCAUUAGUGUGCAUCAUGCCCUCUUUCCACAAAGUGCCAAGGGCAUUUUUGGCUGCUUUUGGCUUUUUUGGUCUCUGGGGGUUUGCAGGCAGAAGUCAGGCUUUCCUCUUAGUUUAUCCUUAGGCGAGGCUUUGAUUGCAAAAAAUCCCUGAGUGGGAGACGGUUUGAAUGCGCCGCCGUCUCUUUCUCUCCUGCCCUUUUCACCAUCCAUUAUUAUCUCAGGUUCUAGGCUGCUUUUGAAAACCUUGGGGUUUGGGGCAAGCAGAACCAGUCUUGGAAAACAAGCUUUGCUUUGCUGAAAUUGUGCCGCUCACUUGAUGGUGCUAAAUGCAUUGCAUUGCACUGAUGCAGGGUUUUCUGGAACGAGGUAUCAGGGCUUUCUUGACUUGCUCCUGCUUUGCUUCUGAACUUUCCAAAUAGGAGACAGUGGGUUUCUUCCAACUUCAGAACCGCAAUACUAUAUACCUCUUAAAUGGCUCAUUCCAAAAAAGGUGAUAGAAAAUCUUCCAUUGCUCACUCUGCGGAGCGGAACGCAUGUGUGUCACACAAAGGUGCAUUAUAUACUUGACUUGUUUCUUAACAGUUGUUUUAAUACUGGCUCAGGCAACAUAAGAUGCACCACCAUCAUGUCUACUUCGGUUUAUACUUACGGAUGUAUUGUUUGCAAUUCUACGCUGCUCUUGUGCCUGCUUCAUGCUAAACCGCUUCUCCAGGAGCACUUUCUCAAUUGCUAACUGUGUCUUUGGGAGACUGUUUUGCCCUUAUUUUAAACUCAGCUUGAACCAGAGCUUGCAAGCACUGUCCCUCUCUGGGUCAGACUAAGGCAUGGCAAACGCAUCUUGAGAAGGGUCUCUGUAGCAGCCAUGUGUUAAUUGUUUUGGGGUUUCACUUCAGAUGUGGAACCGGAGUGUGUUCCAUCCCUGUGUGUUUCUCGAUUGGGGCUGCUGCAAAAAUCAAAACCGGAAGGAAGGGGUGCCGGUGAAUUUGGGGCCAGUGGGGCUCUUGGUCUGUAUGUUUCUGGGAAGGAAGAGAGGAGAAGAAACUGGGCAGAAGAGAAGGAAGAAGUCGUCCCUCAUCCCAGCCAGGAUGAGCAUCAGUGGAUCGUGGCCCCAUCUUCUCUCCUUUUGUGUAAAAGAGACACUGAGAGUUUUGUGUAUGUUGCAAAGAGGGAAAGGUACGUGGAUGGAGGGGGCGAGAGAGAGACUGAACCAAAGACAGCUCCUGUACAAGAUGCCAAAUUAAAGCCUAUAUUAAUCACA